AUGGCGCUCACCUCCUUCCAACGUGACUUCAACAUGGCUAGUGUGGCCAAAAGUCAACGUGACACAAUCCAAGGCAACAUCGUUUCGACUUUUCAGGCUGGCUGCUUCUUCGGUGCACUGUUCGCUUUUCCAUUCGCCGAGAAGAUUGGUCGCAAGAAGACCAUGAUCAUCGCUUCUUCUAUCUUUCUACUUGGUGGAACCCUCAUGACCGCAUCCCGAGGAUCGCUCAACAUGAUCUACGGUGGUCGUGCAGUUGCAGGUCUGGGUAUCGGAGCUUCUUCCAUGGUUGUACCUGUGUACAUCUCCGAGACGGCACCUCCAUCCAUCAGAGGACGUCUCAUCGGUAUCUUCGAAAUUGCUUCUCAAGGCGGAGGCAUGUUAGGUUUCUGGAUCAACUACGCCUGCGACCGCACCAUCGACGUCAACAGCCAGUCACAAUGGAUCAUCCCGCUCGCCAUUCAACUCAUCCCAGGUUUGCUUCUCCUGCUUGGUGUUGCCUGGUGUCCAGAGAGUCCUCGUUGGAAGGCUCGUGGCGACGACUUCGAUGGAGCUGAGAGGAUUCUUACCAAGAUCCGAUGCCUUGACGCAUCGCACUCUUACAUCCAGCAUGAAAUGAGCGAGAUCCGUGCGCAAGUCGAGGAGCGCAGUACCAACCACAUGAGCAAGAAGGCACAGUUUAUGAAGCUCUUCCAGAAGGGUGUGCGCAACCGCAUGGCUAUCGGUCUCGCCCUCAUGUUCUUGCAGUCAUUCACCGGUGUCAACAUCAUCACAUAUUACGCUCCCCGCAUCUUUGAAACUCUUGGUAUUACUGGAACGUCAACCAAGCUCUUCAGUACCGGUUUCUACGGUAUCGCAAAGACCCUUGGAAUGUGUUCCUUUACUUUCUUCGUCGUUGAAAGAGUUGGACGCCGCAACGGUCUCAUCUGGGGCGCCGCACUUGGAUGCCUCCCAAUGUUCUACAUCGGUGGAUACGUCAUGAAAGCUGAUCCUGCCGCUGCUGCUCUGCAGGGUGUCGUCACCCGCAACGGAUGGGGAUAUCUGGCCAUGGUCUGCGUCUACCUAAACGCCUUCAUCAUCUGCGCCACAUGGCAAGGUAUUACCUGGACGUACGCAUCUGAAAUCUUCCCUCUUGAUAUACGUAUGCUUUGCGUGUCGCUCACCACCGCUGACACAUGGCUUGGAUCCUUCAUCAUUGCGCGUAGCACGCCUUACAUGAUCUCCGACCUCGGAUACGGCGCGUACUUCUUCUUCGCCUCUAUCCUUGUUGCAAUGGGCGUGUGGAGUUUUUUCUUUGUGCCCGAGACAAAGGGUAUCUCACUCGAAGAGAUGGACGCACUGUUCCAAUACCCUGUUCACAAGGCUGUAUGGGCACAGCUUCGUGGGAAGCCAAUACUCAACGAAGAUGUUCUUGCCAGGGGCAAAGGUCUAGACGAAAAGACCAUCGCUGUUGAGCGUGUUGAGAAGUUGUGA